AUGUCUUUUGCCAAAAUUUACACUCGAGCUUUGCUCGGUUUACACGCACCUUCGGUUGAAGUUGAAGUUCAUCUGAGCCAAGGACUACCCUCUUUAACCAUUGUGGGGCUUCCUGAAGCAGCCGUUCGGGAAAGCAAAGAUCGGGUGCGCUCCGCCAUUAUCAAUAGUGGCUUUCAGUUUCCGACUAAACGCCUCACUAUCAACCUUGCGCCCGCAGAUCUGCCCAAAGACAGCUCACGACUGGAUUUGCCUAUUGCACUGGGUAUUUUAAUUGCCUCUGGUCAGCUCCCCGAACAAGGAACUGAAAAUUUUGAAUUUAUAGGUGAGUUGGCACUCGAUGGGCAACUGCGACCAAUUUCAGGCACUUUAAGUAUUGCGAUUGCCUGCCAGCAAGCUGGACAUCAACUGAUUUUACCUGAGGCCAAUGCGCAAGAAGCCUCUCAACUGCCCAACUUUCAAGUAUUUGCAGCGCAACAUUUAAAACAAGUCUGUGAGCAUCUGUCGCAAAACCAUCUCAUCCAACAGUUUCAACCCACGGCGCUAAAAGCCUCACAGCACUACAAAUUUGAUUUGGCCGAUGUUAAAGGUCAACUACGUCCGAGACGUGCCUUAGAGAUUGCGGCAGCAGGUGGUCAUUCUUUGCUAUUUAAAGGACCGCCAGGGACAGGGAAAACCCUAUUGGCUUCACGUUUAGCCAGUAUUCUACCGCCCUUGAACACGCAAGAGAAUUUGGAAGUGGCGAGUAUUUACUCGGUGGCCAAUCAUCAACAUCCUUUUGGGCAGCGGCCAUUUCGUGCACCGCACCAUACGGCUUCUGCGGUUGCCUUAGUCGGUGGCGGGUCACAACCCAAACCCGGUGAAAUUACUUUGGCACAUAAAGGCGUGCUGUUUUUAGAUGAACUACCAGAGUUUGACCGCAAGGUUUUAGAGGUUUUAAGACAGCCGAUAGAAGCCAAAGAGAUUGUGAUUUCGCGUGCUUCACGGCAGAUCACCUUUCCAGCCAAUUUCCAACUGAUUGCCGCAAUGAACCCGUGUCCCUGUGGUUAUGCUUUUAAUCAAGAUAACCGUUGCCAGUGCUCAGCCGAGGCGAUUAAACGCUACCAAAACCGCAUUUCAGGGCCUUUGCUGGAUCGGAUUGAUUUACAUAUUGAUGUACCACCCUUACAUGCUUCUGAAUUGCAAGAUACACAAGCCGUGGAAGACUCGGCGACUGUGCGCGAGCGUGUAAUUCAAGCUUAUCAAUGGCAAAUGCAGCGCCAAGCUUGUCUCAAUAUGGCUUUAUCACCCAAACAACUCGAACAAUUCGCACCGCUAGAUGGACAAGCGGCUUUAAUCUUUGAAAAAGCACAGCAGCGUUUAAAUUUGUCUGCUCGGGGUUAUCAUCGGAUUUUAAGAGUGGCCAGAACCAUUGCGGAUUUGGCCCAGUCAGAGCACAUCCAAACAGGACAUUUGACCGAAGCUCUCUCCUACCGACAGCAAAAUGCCUAA